CCACCAUAUCCUCUCACAUGGAGUAUAUAAAGGAGAGGCCCAUACCAAUCCACACACAACUCCACCACUACCGACCAUGGUGGUUGUGACCCAAACUGCCACUCUUUUUUCCCUCCACGCCAAAACCUCCCCACCACUUCCUCUUCUCUACCUCCGCCACCUCUACAAAAUCCCCACCACCGGAAAACGCAGAUCAGUAAAGAAUCAUUCCAAUGGGGCGGUCCUCUCCGUCAGAGCUUACAUGGAGGACUCAAACACUCUCUCUGGUUUCGCCAACAAGGUAAUUGGGUCACUGCCCGUUGUCGGCCUCAUAGCCAGAAUCUUGAGCGACGAAGGCGGCCUCGGCGGCGACACCAUCGAUUUCGCCGAGUUUCGGAGGAGGGUUGGGAAUAAGUGUUCUGUCAAUGACUCUAGAGCUUUCAUUGAAUUCAAAGAUCGCCGCGGCCGGUCAGGGGAUUCACUGUACGUAUUGCUAUGCUGCUGGUUAGCCGCAGUUGGUGCUGGUCUGCUCAAAUCUGAGGAAAUUUUGGAGGGGGUGGCGAGGCUUCGGUUAUCAAAUGACAUAGAAUUUGAAGAGGAGACUUUUAUUUCCAUGAUGAACGAAGCAAAAGAGAAACGAGCAAAGCUAAACGUCCAGACUCCUGUUGUCCCGAUGGAGGCUCGAGCUGAGAAAGCCCUUGAAGCUAUUUAUGUUUGCUGCUUCGGCAGGGACCCAAUGGAAGAAGAAGAUGAGAGAUUAUUGUGUAUCAUGCUGAAUGCUGUUUUCCCCUCAGUUGGGCAACCGGAGAUAAACAGAAUCGUAAAAGAUAAGGCAACAAAAGUAGCAGAAGGCGGAGAAGAUGAAAGGGCUCCCGAACCAAAGCCAUUGUCAGAAGAAGCUGUACAGCUUCAAAUGAAGGAGCUCCAAUUUCUCAAACAGAACAGUUCGACUUGAGAAGGCCGUGUCUUUCUUGGUGACAAGUAGAAUCUUUCAGUCAGAGGAACUCGUCACACUGUUAUUUUUCUAGAGAAGGAACGAAGAAGUAAUGAGAGAACUCAGUACUAUGUUUGAAAUCCAGAAAGGUUGACGUUUGUUUGAUCUACAACUAAGCAAUUCUGCUGGUAGCUAACUCUUUCUUUCUUGACUGUUCAUACUUCAAAAGGUUACAAGGUACAUCCUCAA